AUGUUAAAAGCUAUCGUUUGUUUUAUUCCCAGGUGGGCGGCCUGGUCGGCAAUGGGAUGCUUCGGCUCGCCAGGCGGCAAGAGCAGUGAAGAUGACGCCAAGACACAAAAGCGCCGCAGCGAUGCGAUCACUAAGCAAUUGCAGAAGGAUAAACAGCUAUAUCGGGCGACGCAUAGACUUCUGCUGUUGGGCGCUGGCGAGUCUGGAAAGUCGACUAUAGUAAAGCAGAUGCGAAUUUUGCACGUUAACGGUUUCUCUGACAAAGAGCGCCGCGAGAAGAUCGAAGAUAUCAAGAAGAAUAUAAGAGAUGCAAUACUUACAAUCACGGGUGCCAUGAGCACCUUAACACCCCCCAUACCGCUCGAAAAGCAAGAGAAUAAGGCGCGUGUCGAUUAUAUACAAGAUGUAGCGUCGCAACCAGACUUCGACUACCCGUCGGAGUUCUACGAGCACACGGAAGCGCUGUGGAAAGACCAGGGGGUGCAGCGCACGUACGAGCGCAGCAACGAAUACCAGCUCAUCGACUGUGCCAAGUAUUUCCUGGAUCAGGUGCACAUAAUAAAGCAAGGAAAUUACACGCCUACGGAACAAGACAUUCUGCGAUGCCGAGUUCUCACUUCUGGCAUAUUUGAAACGCAGUUUGUAGUCGACAAAGUUAAUUUCCAUAUGUUCGACGUGGGCGGCCAGCGGGAUGAGCGGCGCAAGUGGAUUCAAUGCUUCAACGACGUAACCGCCAUUAUCUUCGUCACAGCCUGCUCGUCAUACAACAUGGUGCUGCGGGAGGACCCCACGCAAAAUCGUCUCCGGGAAUCGCUCGACCUUUUCAAGAGCAUAUGGAAUAAUAGAUGGCUGCGCACGAUCUCGGUGAUCCUGUUCCUGAACAAGCAGGACCUGCUGGCGGAGAAGGUGCUGGCGGGCAAGUCGCGGCUGGAGGAGUACUUCGCGGAGUUCUCGCGCUACAGCACGCCGCCCGACGCCGCGCCCGACGCGCGCGACCACCCCGACGUGGCGCGCGCCAAGUACUUCAUACGCGACGAGUUCCUGCGCAUAAGCACAGCGAGCGGCGACGGGAAGCACUACUGCUACCCGCACUUCACCUGCGCCGUCGAUACGGAGAACAUAAAGCGCGUGUUCAACGACUGUCGCGACAUCAUCCAGCGCAUGCACCUGCGGCAAUACGAACUGCUCUAA